AUGCAGCGCGCUUCCGACGUCGCACUGCGCUAUUCGACCGCGUCGAUCGACAAGCUCAACAGUGACCUGAGCUCCCCCGUCUACACGAGUCGUGAGGUACUCGCCCUUCUUGUCCAGUACGGCUGCGCUGGCAUUCUCUUGGGCGGCUUCAGUAGCAUUAGCUACCCGCUCUUCACGGGCUACUUCCACAUGACCGGCGCGCAAUCCAACUCGGUCAAGACGCUCAUGGGCCUCGGAUGGACGUGCAAGGUCUUCUUUGGCCUCGUCACCGAUUGCGUUCCGAUCUGCGGCUACCGUCGCAAGUCAUGGAUCAUCCUCGGGUGGCUUUGCUGCCUUGCGGUCAUGCUUGGCAUCGUCUGCAUGGACCUCGGGCGUCCGUACUACGGAGACCCAGCGCUCAUGGACAUUCCUCCUGAGAACCUCACGGCCGCCGACCUUGCCCAAAUCAACGAGUCAGCGCCGACGACGGGAGGCACGCUCGCGAUUCUUCUGGGCCUGGCGACGGCGUUCUACGUCGUGACCGACUCGGCCGCCGACGGGCUCGUCAUCGAGUACGCGCAGCGCGAGCCCGUAUCGGUGCGCGGCCGCAUCCAGUCGCUGGCGUACGCCGUCCGUACGGCGUGCUGUACAAUUUCCAUGGUGAUUGUGGGCGUGUGCAUGAACUCACCGCGGUUCGCUGGCAGCUUUGACUGGGACUUUGGCGUCAACACGAUCUUUCUUGUUUUCUGCGCACCGUGCGUCCUCAUGCCACCAGUGGCCUACUUGUUUAUUCUCGACACCAAGAUGCCGCCGUUGGACCUGCGGUCGUACGUCCAGCAGACGUGGACGACGAUUCAGCGGCGUGCGACGUGGCAGCUCGUCCUCUUCAUCUUUUUCUCGCAGCUCCUCGGCGGCUACAGCCUCACGACGACUGCCGGCCCGUAUGUCAUGAUGGUGUGGGCCAACGUCACGAAUCUCCAGAGCCAGAUCCAGGCCAUGGCGUACGCCGGCAUCCUCAGUAUGGUUGUCGCGAUCAUUGGCAAGUACGGGACGCACUGGAACUGGCGCGUCGUCGUCGUCUCGACCACGCUCUCGGUGGUUGCCAUCGACUCGGUCGUGCAAUUCUGCACCAUCUUCAACGUGUGGCGGUCGCCGUACUUUUACCUCGGCGCUCCGCUCGUCGAGUCGGUGCCCCUGGGCAUCCAGUACAUCGUGACGACGUUUUUGAUCGCCGAAGUCGCCGGAGUCGGCAACGAAGGCAUGAUGGUCGGCCUCUUCAUGACGACGUUCAACCUCCCGAGCACGGUCGGCCCGGUGCUCGCCAACAUGCUCUACGCAUCCUUCGAGGUGGAUGCGACCUCGAUCACCGCGGACUCGAUGGCCACGCGGUACCAAGUCGCAUACUCGUACCUGGUUUACUACGCGGCGAUGCUCUUGUCGUGCGUCACGGUCGUGCUGCUGCCACCGCAAAAGGCCGAGUUGCACCAGCUCCAGCGCGACGCAGGAUCGUACCCAAGGGUUGCGACCGCCGUGUGCAUCUUCAUUGCCGUCAUGUUUGUCACUGCCGUCACGGGCAGCGUCCUCUCAAUGUACCCGUCGACGUCAUGUCUCUUGCUCGCGGGCGGGUCGGGCUGCGAGUAG